ACAUGCAUAAUCGGAAAUUACAGGAACAAAUCAUGAGGGGGCGAUGCAUUUAUAUAAAACCAGCUGUUUGACAAAACGCAAGCCAAACCAGCGCUUUGUAGCAUUCAUCGUCAUUGUGAAAACAUACAUACUUUUUGAAGUCAGUCUAGUUUACAUUCAAUCAGUUUUAUUGAACGUUCAUAAAAUUUACGUUUUUUUUUUCGUAUUUAAUUAAUUUUGUUCAAAUGGCGACUCAAGCAGUCCAAUAUUCAAAAUCAGAAACGCCCGGUACUGGAACAGAACAAUCUUCUGAAGUGAAACUGAGAGCGAGUGGAACCACAACAGAUGGAAAUCCGGUAAUUAUUCAUCCAAAACUGCAGUUCGGCUACAACAACUACGCGACAAAGAAGACCUUGGCCAAAGGCCUUCUGGAUAUUGGCCUUCUGGUCGCAAACGCCUCCCAACUGAAAUCACUACUCAGCUUGGGGCCAGAGCAGGAACACUUCCAUGUAAACAUGGUUCUUAUAAGCCUCUCAAUAUCGUUACAGAUAAUCACGGGAAUCUUACUCUUGAUCCUUGGAAGCAUGGAACCGAACGGCAAGCACCUAGAGGAACGACGUACCGCGCAUCGGCUUAAUGACGUCAUCGUUGGUUUUGUGUUCGUCAUUACCGUUAUUAACAUUUUCAUUGCGGCGUUUGGAAUAAGACUUACGGAGCAAAUUCCAGCUGAAGCAAAGCUUUGACAAGUGUAAGAUGAAUUGAUCAGACGUUGUUUUGAAACGAAGUGGUUUUAUCUAACGACAGAAGUCAUUUUACAUUGGUUAACACUUCUAUAAAUACAGAACUGUGAUAUUUUACAUUUUUCUUAUACAUAAAAUGCGUUUAUAUA